AACUGAAUGCACUACAGGAAGAGCUUGCACCAUUUGGUUUGGUCAUUCUGGGCUUCCCCUGCAACCAAUUUGGAAAACAAGAACCAGGAGAGAACUCGGAGAUCCUACCUACCCUCAGGUAUGUCCGACCAGGCGGGGGCUUCAUCCCCAAUUUCCAGCUCUUUGAGAAAGGGGAUGUGAACGGGGAGAAAGAGCAGAAGUUCUACACUUUCCUGAAGAACUCCUGUCCUCCCACCUCGGAGCUCCUGGGCUCACCUGGCCGCCUCUUCUGGGAACCCAUGAAGAUCCACGACAUCCGCUGGAACUUUGAGAAGUUCCUGGUGGGGCCAGAUGGUAUACCUGUCAUGCGCUGGCACCACCGGACCACAAUCAGCAAUAUCAAGAUGGACAUCCUGUCUUACAUACGGCGGCAGGCAGCCCUGGGGGUCCAGGGAAAGUAACUGAAGCCCACCCCCACCCCCAUGUCUACCAUGCAGGGGCUGGAGAAGGACUCCAUUCAGGAAGGAAUCCGUGUCUCUAACCACACCAUACAGACCCCUUUACUACUAUACUAGGCCCCAGCCUGACACAAAUGUGUGCAUGCAAUUGUGUGUCUGUAUUGCUGUGCACGUGGGUGUUUGCACACAUGCCUCCAGGUGUGUGUGGCCAUGUGUGUGUGCGUGUGUAUGGGUGUGCAGCCACACGUCUACUGUGUGACUAUCCAGGAAUGUGUGCCAUCUGUGUGCCCACAGCUGCAUGCUGUGUAGAGUGCCAGAGAAUACUCCUCCUAUCUCUCCAGUUCUCUGUUCCAGUGAUAACAAUUCACUUACACUUGAGCCCAAAGGAAAAACCAGCUUUAGGUCCAACUGUUCUACUCUAACCUGAACCUCAGCCUUAGGGCCAGCAUUUCCCACUGCCUCCAGAUAUCACCACUGAAGUCCCAGAAGUUUCUGGAUCUACCGCAAUGCCAACCUCCCACCUCCUUCCUGAAGGGCCCUCCCAAGCCUCUGCCCCCAUCCCCACCCCACAGUUCUCCCUGAGAUCAGCCAAGGCAGAUGUGAGAGCAAGGGCCAUGUACCCCGUGUCAGAGGUGGCAUCUCCAUGAGGGAGGGGCCUGAAGCCCUUGUGGGCAGACCUCCCCUGAGCCUGUCUGAGGGGCCAGCCCUUAGUGCAUUCAGGCUGAGGCCUCCGGCAGGGAUGCCACCCCUACUCCUUCAGAGGGCGUGCCCUCUCACCUCACCCUGGUCCACUGGCAUUUGACUCACACCCCUUCUGCCCAGUAAAGGCCUUUCUGCAGCAGCUGA